AGAUCUCACAGCAAAGAAAUCAGCGCAAUCUCAACCUAAUUAUCGAAAGAGGACGCUGUACACACCCUCAGUAGCAACCAAACAGAGUAACACCAUGCUACCGUUAUAUUCUUAUAAACAUCCAUCAAGUUAUACAACAAAUGGCAUGAGAUCACCCGCUUUGGCAUACACGCAAUCUGUUCAAGAGGCAAAUGAACUCAUACAAGCAUUAAGGGGUCACGUCGGUUUUGAUAUGGAGUGGAAAGUUGAUUUUAGAAAGUCUGCGAAGCAACGUAGAACAGCUAUCGUACAAUUAUGCGAUGAUAAACUCAUUUUAGUCUUACAUUUACACCACAUGUCUGAGAUACCCAAUGAGCUAAUCAAGCUUCUGACAGACAAACAAAGAUACAAGAUAGGUGUCAAUGUAAGUAACGAUGGGAGGAAAUUCUAUAACGAUUUUAAGAUACAAUUAAAUAGUUUACUAGAGUUGACAUAUCUCGCGAAAUCCAUCCAUUCAGCUGAAUUGGGUAGUAAUCGAGUACUAAUUUCACUAGACAAAUUGACUGAGUUUUUAUUACAAGAACGUCUAGAUAAAGGAACCGAAAGGGUCGGUGAUUGGGAGAACAAACUGAACUGGAAACAAAUCGAAUAUGCCGCUAAUGACGUCUAUGCGAGUUAUCAGAUGUUCGACAAACUGUCUAGUCAGAGCACUGAAACUAACUUUGAUAAGUUCCUAGUUGAUAAAGAUUAUGAUAAAAGUAGUUCUGCAUUGAAAGAGAUACCAAACAACGAUAAAAUUAUAUCAAAUUCUGGGAAAGUAAUAUACAAUCGAGUUAUACGUAGUCUCACAAAGGAUAAUGUUACCUUAACGUACCUCCAACCGAGACAUAUAAAAACAUUAAAAUGGUAUUUUGAAAAUCAACGAUCACUCGAUCAAACGCGAAAUGAAUUACGUCCAGAGAAACCAUUGGCGAGAAUAACUGUAAUAUUAUACGCAACUGAAAUCCUACUUCUGAGUAAGAAAGGAUACUCCGAUGCAAUGCUAGUAAAAUUACAAAAUGAUAUUGAGAAGUACCUUGAUGUCUCUAUUAAGAAGAGCUGGUAUGAAGAUUACGGUUGCUUAUUUUAAUUGCUUGCGUCGACUCAAUUCGGAAUCUAUAGUUGCUAAUGAUCUACUAAAGGUGUUUCCAUCAAUUUGACUACCUGUUGUUGAUAAUAACUUUUCUAAGAAAUCAUCGUCUAACUUAGAUGCAUUCCAUACGUUCCUCACAAUCCUGAUGUCUAAAGCAUCUGAUUUAAUAACUUUGUUUUGUUUAUCGAGUAAUCUAUCGUAAAGUGCCAGAUAGCGAAUUCUAUCAGCUGGUCUAGGCUGUGUCAAACGAAAAACCGGGGCAAUGUUUUUACUACUUGAUGUACUAACUGUACUAUUAAGACUACCAGAUCUGCUUCUCCCUGAUAUUCUACUAAGUGAGCUAUUCGAUGGACCACCGCGCAGACUAGAAACGCUACUAGCAGGGCUAUUUAAACGAACAGGUGGUGGCAUAAUUGGUGCAUUCGUAUUAGGUUUGUUAAUAGGUCUAGCUGGUUGUGG